AGACUAUCCACCACCACCAUCUUGCAGUGAUCUCAGUCUGCUGCUGGAUGCCAUGAAUACGAAUAUCAACUUUUGCUCUGUUCCCCUGACUUCCCUGGCUGGAAGAGACAGUCAGAUACUGCCGUACUGGACAGGAACCUUUCGGGUGCGCCACUCAUGGUCUCCGUUUAGCAUAUCUAACGCCGUAACAUCAUUCUUCAAUCUAUUGAAUUGAGCGCGUGGUUAUGUAUUCCGGAGCUUCGAGCUACAAUCGUGCAGGAGCGGCCAAAGCACUCCAUGAGAACUAACCUAAUUACAAGGCGUAUACUCAUAUCCACCAGCCAUGGCCACCAACGAACGGUCCACUUCCAGUCGCAGAAAGGAAGAGGAGGCGACUGAAGAUGUGUACAACCGGGGUACUAUUGAUCCGAUAUAUCAACGCAAGGCCCAUAUUCUCAACGAUGCGAUUCAGGGUAUUGGAAUGGGGAAAUACCAGUGGGCUCUGUUCGUGGUGACUGGAUUUGGCUGGCUUGCAGACAAUCUAUGGCCGAUUGUAACCGGACUCAUCCUACCACCAGUCGUACAAGAGUUCCAGUUUCAAGGGCCUUUCCUCAAUCUUGGACAGAGUAUUGGUCUUCUUGUUGGCGCAGUGUUCUGGGGCGUAGGUUCAGAUAUCUGGGGACGCAGAAUUUCCUUCAAUAUAACUUUGCUUAUCACGGGUGUCUUUGGGCUUGCAGCUGGAGAUUCACCAAAUUAUAUCGCCUUGUCAUCAUUCGCCGCGGUAUGGUGCAUUGGCGUUGGAGGCAAUCUUCCUGUCGAUUCCGCCAUAUUUUUGGAAUUUCUUCCAAAGUCUCAUCAGUAUCUCCUCACCGUCCUUUCUAUAUGGUGGGCGUUUGGUCAGCUGCUUGGAAGCUUGGUCGCCUGGCUUCUGAUCGGUAACUAUUCGUGCGAGACCAACCAGGUUCCCUGUCCACGCUCCGCAAACCAAGGAUGGCGUUAUUUUCUAUUCGCAAUGGGAGGAUUGAUGAUGUUGCUUUGGGGAGUCCGAUUUUUCAUCUUCAAGCUUUACGAAAGUCCCAAGUAUCUAAUGGGGCGGGGAAGAGACGCUGAGGCUGUGGAGGCUGUGCAUAAGGUCGCCAGGUAUAACGGGAAAGAAAGCAAUUUGACGAUUGAAGAUCUGAGAAAGGCAGGCGAAGAGAAAGAGAAUCCAGAUGUGGAGCCGAUGGUUAUGGAUACUUCCGUGAAAGCGGUUGUUCGAAGGAACUUGAGUGAGCUCAGCGGGGAUCAUGUUCGUCCGCUAUUUGCCAAUGCGAAAUUGGCCUGGUCGACUAGUCUGAUCAUUACCUUGUGGGCACUAAUUGGACUUGCCUUUCCUCUGUAUAACGCAUUUGUGACUUACUAUUUGUCUACCCGAGAUGCCGAUUUCGGUGAUGGCUCCGUGUACAUCACCUAUCGCAACCAAACAAUCUUAAGUGUAAUCGGAGUACCUGGGGCACUACUGGCAGGAUACCUCGUCGAUCUCCCUUUUCUAGGCCGUCGUGGUACAUUGGCAAUAUCGACAGUCCUUACCGGCGUGUUCAUCCUCGCGUCGACCACCGCACGGACCUCUGAUGCCUUGCUCGGUUGGAACUGCGCGUAUAGUUUUAUGAGUAACGUCAUGUACGGCGUUCUGUAUGCCCUCACACCCGAGCUGUUCCCUACCAAAGAUCGCGGUACGGGGAACGCGCUCGCGGCUGCAGCCAAUAGGAUCUUUGGUGUGAUGGCCCCGAUUAUCGCUUUGUAUGCGAACUUGACGACAUCAGUGCCGAUGUUUGUUUCGGGAGCUCUGUUUUUGGUAGCGGGGAUGAUAGCGCUGCUGUUACCGUUUGAGUCGAGGGGGAAGGCUGCACUGUAAGCCUACGAGGUUAAUCACGUUUUGAUGCCAUGCUGGGAAGAGAUACUACACUGGCUUGGCAAUAUGCUAGGUGAUGAUAUAAAUCAAUUUAUUGUAUGGCCAAGUUCGGGAUCUCGCUUCUCUAAGUUAUCGUCAAUCAUCAGCGUUAAGCAUGGUUCGGGCAGGGUACAGCAUCUCCAGCUGAUGCUUGCGAUUGACUGCAUGAAGCACGUUCAGAUGCUUAGAUAUUAAAGGGUUCGAUGACAGGAUUCUUUCUCCGUUGCAUAAAUGUUCUCGAUGGGGCUG